CAGGUCUUCAUGGAGGCGCACCUGCUGAAGAGGGCGUGCGUGCCGGGACUCUACAUGAACCUGCUGGGCCAGGGCGUGGAGAUCCGGGAUUCCAGCGUCUCCACACACCUGUGCUGGGCGGAGAGCCGCGUGUGCGAGGUGCUGCAGAGCGAGUCGAUGUACGAGUCGGACUACUGCAGCACGUUCCGUGUCUUCGUUAUCGACAAGCCGCUCCUGGGCAAGUACAAGACCUGCUGCGGGGAGGAAGAGGAGGACCAGCGAAGGACUCUGACAUCUGCGGUUGGCCGUUCGUCAUCCAGAUCUGGGACUGGCGCCGCAGGCCCUGCAUCUGGCGCCGCGGCCAGCGGCGCCGUCUGCGUG